AUGGAUAAUUGUCCUCCCCUCUUCUAUGAAGAAGUUCUUGAAAGGCCGUCUGGCGAAAUAGAUCUAAAAGUUUUCAUAGACCGAGAAAAGCUGAAGAUCCACAUAUUUGCAGUGCAGAAGGCAGAAACGACAAAAAACUACACUUCCAAGCUAAUAGACAAAGUGAGGGACAUUUUGCCGUACAAGAAGGCGUACAUCAUCUGCUAUUUGGAGUCGGCAGAUGAACUGACCCACAUAAAACUCACUCUCCAAAAGUACACAGACCAGCUGAAAGAGUGGGCCUAA